ACCAUAGUAUCAUGGCUGCCGCUGUUUACAUUCGAUAAACUUCUCAUUUUGCCCGAUCAUUGCUGAGAUAAAAUUGUGCUCAGUGUUUUUCGUACUCUUUGGUAUGAACUAAUUAGGGUGAAGAGAAUACCACUGACUUUAUCAAAGAUACAUCUGAACAAUGGCAGCUAGUCACGCUCAAAUAGAAGAUCUGAAUGCCUCAGCUGUAGCCGGUCCUGAGGAUGUUUUUGACGAUGUUGAGAUGGCUUCAACAGGCAUUAAUAUGCUAUUGAACAACGGAUUUGAUGAGGCGUUUGCUCUUUUUGACAAAUACAAAAAUGAAAGUCCACUCAUGCACUCAGGAUACAGUUUUGUUUUCUUCAUGCAAGCCUUGAUGUCUUUUGAGGAAGACAAAUUGGCAGAGGCCCUCAAAGUGCUGCAAGAAACUGAAAAGAAAUGUUCUACCAGUGACGGUUUUGUCAAGUCUUUCCGGAAAAAGUUUUCCAAAAAGAAGAAAAGUUCGGAAGAAGCGUGGAUGACAGAAGAACGAAUCACCAACCAGGUCAUAGUUGCCGACUGUGUGCUGUACCAGGCCGUCCUCGUCUUCACCAACCAGGACAUUCCCAGCUACGUAAAAGGAGGCUGGCUGCUCCGCAAGGCCUGGAAGAUCUACGAGAAACUGCACAGAGAAGUGACGCAGCUCAUGGAUUCCAUCAGCCAGAAUAAGAUUGCCAAAAUGCGCCAGUCGUUCUCCUCCUCGGUGGACCCAGUUGGCGCGUCUUCCAACGUGUCAGUCCAGCCCAGCACAGAUGCUCUCGGUUCAAGCAAGCAGGAUCAGCACAACGGCAGCGCUGUGGACGGUGGUGGUGGCGGGGCAGGAGAUGGGGAGCUGUCGGCAGAGGUCCUGUCGAGACUUCUCGGCGCUGUCAACUUUGGCUACGGAACCUUCCAGUUGUGUAUUUCUAUGGUACCCCCGAAGAUUCUCAAGCUCAUAGAGUUUUUGGGAUUCGAAGGAGAUAGAGAGGUUGGUCUCACGUGUCUCGUGUUCACAAGUCACAGCCGGGACAUGAAGGCGCCUCUAGCCACCCUGGCCCUUCUUUGGUACCAUACAGUCCUCAGGCCUUUCUUUGCCCUGGACGGAGCCAACCACUUUCAGGCUGGAACCAAAGAGGCGGAGACCAUCAUCAAAGAGAAGGAAGGGGAAUUCCCCAACUCUUCACUCUUCUUGUUCUUUCAGGGGAGAAUACACAGAUUGGAGAAAGAGAAUGAUAUGUCCCUUACGCUGUACAACCGGGCGCUAGAGGAGGCUAAAGGACAGCGGGAGAUUGAGCUCAUGUGUCUCUAUGAGAUCAGCUGGUGUCACAUGCUCAAACUGAACUGGGACGCCAGUCAGGACGGCUUUGCCAGAUUACAGAAGGAGUCGAAAUGGUCGCAGGCUUACUACACAUACCUGGUGGGAGUGUGCCUGGGUUCCCGUGGAGAGGUGGAGGGAGCUAAUGACAUGUUCAGCAAAGUUCCUGGCCUCAUUAAACGCAAGAACAACCAAAUAGAGGCUUUUGUGCUGAAGAGGGCCGAGAAGUUCAAACGUCAGAGACCCACCCAGGAGCACUGUCGUCUUCUCACCUUGGAGAUGAUCUUUUUAUGGCACGCCCUGCCCACCUGCACCCCAGAAGAGCUCAAGCCUUUAUUGGACGUGCCUAAAGGAGGCCUUAGCCAGACACCAAGGCAAGAAGGACGACAUGUUUAUCCCAGCCUUCACCCUCUUCGAGCUGGCUUCUAUAUACAUGAAAAAUCCACAGACAGUACAAGAGGCGAGGUCUGACCUUCAGCUGAUCAAGGACACGUACAAAGACUACGACUUUGAGAACCGGCUCAGCGUGCGAGUCAGCAACGCUCUCAAACGACUCAAGACGGGGUCGGCCAACUCUGUUUCCCACAAGUAAUGCUGGGGACUCGAACUGCACACCUCUCAUGACAACGCUCAGGCCAUUGUGAAGUGGUCCGGCUGUGAUAGGGGGAUGAAUGGUGCGACAGUGGGAUGGAUGAAAGGGAGCAAACUGAGAAGUAAAUGAGGACCAUCUGUAGACUUUUGUUUUACGUUUCAGUUUUCUUAUUAUGUGUGAUUUGCCUAGCAACAAGAUAAAAUGAGUCACUUGUCACACUUUGAUGAUAUGAUGAUAAUAAUAAUAAUAAUAACAAUAGUAAAUAGCAUUUGUAAGCUCUAUGCACAGUAAGCUCUAUGCUCUUUACAUUUUAUUUUUACCCCAGCCAUCCAAAGAACACUCAGAAACAUUCUCAACUUCC